CUCCCCUACAUUUUCCCACUUCUCCUUUCAACUCACUUAUGGCUACACAUGCUUCCUCUUCUUCAUCAUCACCAUCUUCAUUUUCUUCUCCAAGAUCUAGCAUGUUUUAUUAUGCUGGAAGUGAAGAUCACUAUGAGGAGCCUCACUUCCUCCAAGCUUGUUUUCUUUGCAGAAAACCUCUUGGCCAAAACAGUGACAUCUUUAUGUACAGAGGGAACACACCAUUCUGUAGCAAAGAGUGUAGGCAGGAGCAGAUAGAGAUUGAUGAAGCAAAGGAGAAAAAUUGGAAGCUUUCAUCCAAAAGGGGUGUAAGACAAUCAGAGACAAACCAAAAUUCUACACCUAAUAAGACUGUAAGAACAGGCACAGUUGCAGUGGCCUAAUUAAAAUAAUCCAUGAUAUGAGAUUGGUGAAAGAAUCCAAUUUUUGAAGAAGAAAAAAUGAGGAAAUGGAAAAUUCCCAACAAAGAAGAGCAAAUAUUCAUUAAGAUUCUGAUAAACCAGGAUGAAUCUUUUGCUACUUUUGUAAAGUAGUAGUUGGGUUUCCAGUGAUCAUAGAGAAAAAUCCAACAAAGAAUUUGGGCUCUUUUUUGUUUCUGUUCUUGGUAACUUGGUUUACCCUUUUAUUUCUUUUAUUUUGAGUUUAUUUAAGAAGGCAUGUAGAUAUUGAGAUGCCCUUUAAUUUUCAAGAAAUUUGAGGCAACUGAAAACAAAGUAUCAAAGAUACUUAAUUUAAGAUCUAGAUGUGUGAAACUUUGUUACAUUCUUCCACUAUCAUGUGUCCAUGGAAAAUCUUUAUUUUCCUUUCAAUAAAG